CUUGGAUCAGCGUAAAGCUGGUUGGUUGGCAGGGGCUGGUUGGUCGGUUCAUGGUAGCCAUGGCUCGUUUUGCUGCGCUACUGCUGCUACCGGUUCUCUUUGAAUCGGUCGUUUCAAUUUCAUUCUUUUUACCAGUCAAUUCCAGAAAGUGUUUACGAGAGGAGAUCCAUAAAGACGUCCUAGUUACGGGGGAGUAUGAAAUUAGCGAGCAGGCGAACACCAAAACUAACCUGAAGAUCACUGACUCUUCCAGCCACACUCUUUACUCGAAAGAAGAUGCAACAAAAGGAAAGUUUGCUUUCACCACGGAGGACUACGACAUGUUUGAGGUUUGCUUUGAAAGCAAAUCCCCCAUGGGAACAGGAAGAGUGCCUGACCAGCUGGUCAAUCUGGACAUGAAGCACGGAGUGGAGGCCAAAAACUACGAAGAGAUUGCAAAGGUGGAAAAAUUGAAGCCUCUGGAGGUUGAACUCAGGAGACUGGAAGAUCUGUCGGAAUCCAUCGUCAAUGAUUUUGCUUAUAUGAAGAAGAGGGAAGAGGAAAUGCGGGACACCAAUGAGUCGACAAACACCCGUGUGUUGUACUUCAGUAUAUUUUCUAUGUGCUGUCUCAUCGGUCUGGCCACGUGGCAGGUCUUCUACCUGAGGCGUUUUUUCAAGGCAAAGAAGCUGAUCGAGUAGAUCGACUCAUCAGGCUCCUUCCCUCGAGGGGGAGGAAGCUGCCUCCCAGUCAGCAUACACAUCCCAGCAUCCACCUUCUUUGGACUAGCUUCAACAAACAUCAAGUGGGGUUUAGGGGGCUCAGAAUCUAGUCUCAAAGCUCUGAGCGUAUCCAUAAUUCCUCUGGGGAGAAUAAGAUUUACCUGCUUAUUUACUAGUCUGAAACAAAAACUUUGUGGAGAGAAAUGCAUUGUAAGACAUGGGAGGUACAGGUUUCUUUCUGCAUUGUUUUGAAUGUUGCAGCUUAUUAAAUAAGAAAUUUUUUUUUCCCUCAUCACUCAUUUAAAAAGUUUUUUUUUUUUUUUUUUAUUGAGCUCGGUGUGAGUGGAUGUGCCACAAGUGAAUGUCUGCCCCUAUAUUAAUGCACGCAUUUUGUUGCAAACACAUAUACUAUUAAUACUGUUUUAUUAAGUGAAGGCUUUUUCAAACAUGGAGUGUUGUUCCUCAAAGCCAAUAAGCAACCACUGAACUUCCAUGUUGUCACUUAAAUAACAUACAUGUUUGGUAGCUAAAUUUAACUCUUUAGUUGUUGGGUUUUUUUUCCAUAAUUACCACCUUGUUGUUUCUACUGGUAUCUUGUUUUUGUGGGAUGAGUGGGGGUUGAGUAUACAGAUAAAUGUCCUCCUAAAUAUAAAUUCAUUCUCCUCUUUGAACUUUGGUUUGUUCAGAUUCCUUAAUUUUUUGCAUCUAGGUAAUUUCUCUUUGCCCGUUUCAAUGUAUUUAUGCAAUGUUUGUCGUGUCAGAAGGCGGUGGUCUGAUGCUGUGACAAACUGAACCAUUAUGAAACAUACAGCCUUUUACUUUAACUCCAGAAUAUCGCCUCCAAGUUACAGAACUUUCUGAUCCAUCCAGUGUUCCUGUUUUCUUUCUAAUGUUUAAGACCAGGGUCAGGUGAAUGUGGACGGUUGCAGAUAUUCAUAUUUAAUUUUUUCAUUUGACAGGAAACAUUGAAGGCUGUCCUCGUACAUUUUUAACAAACAUGCGCAUGGAGCGCAGUCAAUUUUUAUGUUGACUGGUAAAUUUUGUAAAUUUGUGUUGGGCUUUUAUUCAAUAAAAAAUUGGAUGGA